GCUUGCGUGCUGGCAGCAAGGAGUUGUGCAGAAGCCGCUUCCUGCCAUCUUCUGAGCUGUGUAGAGCAUUUGCUGUUGUACCUUUCAGAUCUGCUAUUGGGAGUUCAUCAACAAGCAGACAAAACAAUUUAUUUCCUCAAAUUCCCCAGGUACAGCACACUGUUGUCCGCAGCUCAAGUUCAGGUGACCACGUCAAGCUGUGGACAGCUGAGCGAGUUCUGUCAGCUGUGUUGCUUGGUGCCAUCCCUGCAGCUAUUGCCAUGCCCACUCCUGCUGUUGAGACUUUUCUUGCUCUCUCCCUCACUGUGCACAGCCACUGGGGCAUCGAAGCACUGGUUCAUGACUACGUUCGUCCAUCAAUGUUCGGCAACGUCAUCCCGCGCCUGUCCAUUGCCGCCGUCUAUGGUCUCUCCAUGAUGACGUUUGGCAGCCUCUGCUACUUCAUCUACACCGACGUUGGCCUGAUCAAUGCGGUCUCUAUCUUCUGGAAAUUAUAGUCAACUUGUCAAACGCUGAAACUUGUACAAUUUUUAGUUCAACUUUCAAGAACUCGAGAAUAGCUGAUAGCAUUUGUGGGAACUAUGAAAUGAAAUUUCUCAUUCAUUCGGCUAAAAAUUUUAAUUCAAGUUAUAGUAAAAUAAUUUGGUUUGGGGCAAAUGAGUUCCUUAAUGUAUGGCAACUUGAUAUCUUAGGAUUGUCCUCAUGCUUUGGGCCGCUACCUCUUAACCAAAGUAAUAUUUAUUAUUGAGAAGUUUUUUAGGCGAUUUGUUUGAAAAGGUUUUGACUGAAACUGCUUCCAUUAUAAGUUAUUCAUAAUUUUUCUGUACUAGUUUCCACUUUGCUUCAUUCGUGCAAAGACAUACCUACAACAUUUUAAUUUUGCAUCUUCGCAAUGGGAGAUCUAGUUUUUUUAUAGUUAAUUUGGUUCAUUUUUGAUCUGCUUAUACAUACUCGAUGGUUAGAUGAAUCAUUCAUGGUUUUACCUUUUUUUGGCAAAAUUUAUGAACUGAUUGAUGAUGUAGUUACGAAGCAGGUCGGUGUACACCAUUUUAUGAUAGUAAACCUGUCGUGUAGUAAAUGAAAGACCGAGUAGUGCUCCACUGUGCAGUCGACGUGUCAGGUUGUUUUACCCACAAUGAACGCACUCAGAUAUCUGAAGGCAUCGAAAGAAAUAAUAGAAUGUCACCUGUAAUUAAAAUUUAUUUAGUACUUUCAUUUGUCAGGAAAAUAAAGAAUAAUGUAAACAAGAUAGCGAAGCAUAUUUCUUCGAGAUUUAUUAUGAGUGUAUGGACAUAGGCUCAAGCUGUUGUUUUCCAUGAUGAAAAAAAAAACAGAUUCAUUUAUAUACGUGGAAGCCAUUUAGUGGAGAUUUCUAGACUUGCCUCAAAAAUCUUAUGGUAUUUCCACGUACGAAAAUAAAAAUUGAAGAACAUCUCAGGAAAUAGGUAUGAAGCUAUGCCUCUGUUACGAUGGUACGCGUUUUCCUUCGUUUUAAUUCACAUAGAAUUAGCUAUUCUCACUGUCAUGAAGUGCUCUCAUUUUUUUUAUUCAAUACUAUUGAACUGUAUGCUUUGUAUGCUUCGCCUGCUUCAUUUCAUGUUAUCCGUUGUUGAUAAUUUACAAAGAAAUGUGAUGCUGGAUUAUUAUUGUUGAGUGUCAAAUUGACGAUCAUGGUCGACUGUUAUCCAUUGUACAGAAUUUUUUUCCUCAUUA